AGAGGUGCUACCGUUUUGUGCGUGAGCGCUGAACUCAGUUGGCUUUUGGCCAUUAGCACGAACGGUAGUGAACGCGUACAAAUUGAAUAUUCACAAACACAGCACAGCUCGACUUGACUCUAUGUUUAGACAACGUUUCGAACAUUGGCUUGCAAAUUAAACUGUGUGCAGGAAAGUGAAGCGCGGAAGUGCCUUCAACGAUCUUAUUGAAGCUUGGCGUCUUGCGGCAGUCGCUGUCUAUGCACAUCGCCCAACAGAAUUCAGUUUUAGCUGUCGCUCAUUUGCAAGCGUGCACCACAUCUCGAGGCACUUUUAAUUAACAACGUUUCGCAGACUGAUUUGCGCAUGCGCAGCGCAGAAAAGCCGUCAAUCACUGGCCAAAACAACGUUCGCUUAUCGAAAGCGAAAGUUUACUCGCUUCAACAAGUGUGCGCUGGUCACUCUUAUUUUUUUUUAUCUCACUUGUGUAUUUUUUUUUUUGUGAAAUUUGUUUGCAAUUAAAUUACCUUGAACUGUGUUUAUUGCCAAAAUAGCUUCGUACACGCCCGUUUACGAAAUUGAUUCACAAGUUGUGCGGUAAAAAACUAAAACAAAACAAAGUUUACACUAAAAGCGUAAAAGUGAAAUUUACAGUUAAUCGUAAAACGAACAAAUAUUCAAAAAUUAACAGUAAAACUGUGUUUCAUAUAUUUGAACGCCAAAAUGCCAUCGACAGCACAUCCUCGCUUCGUCUUCUAUCUGCUCUGCGCCGCCUCGCUGCUCGCCGUGGCACGCUCCGAUCCGACCGGCACUCGCAAUCAGCGUCGCUAUGAAGACUCCGAAGAAGAUAUCGCCUAUGAAGCAGCGAAGCAAUUGGGCCAAUUAAACUAUCGUCUCAACCAGCUGGCCUUCGAAGAGCAAUCCCGGCAAAUAUCGCUACCAAAUAUCACGAUUAAUAAUCUAGUAAGUCGCAUACCGUGCACCUGCGACAAGGGUAUAUGCAAAUGCUGUGCUGGUUUCCUCUCCGUGAUCGGUUUAAAUAGUUGCACCGAGGUGGUCUAUCGGCCAGACGAAUUCUCUUUCGAGUUACGCAUGCGCGUCAACAAUAAUGUUUGGUUCAAACGUAAAGUCUCCGGUCAGAACCCGCCACCAUUUUGCUUCCGGCCGCCACGUUUCAACUUUGCGAGGGCUUGCAUACAGUUCCACGAUAUCUGGUUUGUGGGACGUAACAUGCAUGUCUGCAUGUAUUUGUCGGGCUCAUUUCAAGGCUACGAACUAUUUGAGCGCAACUUCGAUUGUCUACUCUUCGGCGAUAAGGGCGUGAAAAUUGUUAAACCCGAGAACGGUUACCCAGUCCGUCCCACCGACGUUGACAUCGAUGAUGGUGAUGAUGAAAUCGAGGAAUAUGAUGAGAACGUGGUGCGCAGAAGACGACACAGUCGUCUAAGUAAAGUUAUGCGCUCGAGCGAUCAGGCCUAAUCUAUAGACAUUCUAUAUGCCAUUCUUCAUGACUGAUAAACUUAUCUACAAUUAUCUUUUAUUUUAUAUCUAAAAUAGGUAGUAUUACAUCUAAAUUAUUUUAUACCACAACACCACAGAAAAAAAUCCAUGUUUUUUUCAAUGUUUUCACCUAUUAAGGUUCUACAAAAGCGAAAGAUUUAAACCGAGUCCAAAACAGCUUAUGUGGAUUAUUGUAUUCUUUGUAUAUUUAAAGGUAUGCUUUCAACGAACUGCUGUAACUUAAUCACAGAUCUUCAAGCCAUCAAAGUCCUACAUCAAAUAUAUAAAGGACAACACCAACAAGUUACUACAGCGUUUAUAGAAUUUGGAACCGCCCUUAACGAUUUCUGAACAUCAUUCGGGCCGUCCGUUUUAAGACAUAUAAAAUGGCAUAACGAUAAAAACCCAUCGUUUUAAGUGAAGUUAGAUUGCCGAGAAAAUAACCUGGUUGUAUAAUAUAAUAUAUGAGCCUAUUCUGUCAACAGAACCAGAACAGAACUUGACAGACCAAAUUUCGGGCUCAGCCAGACAUAUGACGCCAUUCAUGGAAAAGCAAUCAGGGGUGAUCCUUAGACUCUUGUUCCGUGAGUGGCUUUCUGGACUUCCAAAUCGUUGGAUAAAAUACGCGUUAAUUCUGAAAACAGAACCUGAACAGAAUUUGGCAGACCAAUGUUCAGCCACGAUAAUGUACAGCGAAACACUCAGCAAGGCAAUCUCAGGUGUUGCUUAGACUCUCCCACCGCAAAUGUCGUUCUGGGAGUCCAAUCACCAUCUAUGGCAGGAUAAAAAGUGAGAGAUAGAUUAGAUAAUACAGUAGUAACCCUAAAGGUAUGCUAUGUUUAUAUUAAAUUUAAAGUUUUUUUGGAGACAACGAUAAGUGUAAGUGUAGGUAUCAAGAAAUAUAUUUUUAGAAAAUAGUGGCAGUUUCCUACUCGAUUUAAUCAAAGUCUUUAAACAAUUCGUUUGUUUGUGCGCAGUAUUUUGUAGAAGUGACUAAAAUUUUAGCAAUUUCUAAUACAUAAUUGGUUAAAAAUGUUGAGAUCGUAUAGAAAAAGCUUACAGUUUGAAUAGCAAUGUGAUUUUAAAGCAAAAUAUUGCGAAUUUUUAAAUUAUUAUUGCUAUACACUGAACACCCAGAAGGAAACGUCAAAGACUCUAUAAAGCUUGACGAGCUGAGUAGAUUUAGCCAAGUCCAUCUGUAUAUACGCCAAAUAGACCCUCAGUGUUUUAGUUAUCGAUCUGAAAUUUUGCACACGUUCUUUUCUCUUUAUGAAGAUACUGAUUUUUUGGAAUCGCCGAUAUCGCACUGCUAUAGCAUAUAGCUCUCAUAUAAAGUUAUCGAUAAAAAUCAAGUCCGUGUAUGGAAAACUUUUUUAUUUGAAAAGAUAUCCUCACGAAAUUUGGCAUAGAUUAUUGUUCAAGAAAUUACUACAAUCUCGGAACAUAUUGUUCAGAUCAGAUCACUAUAACAUAUAGCUCACAUACAAACUGACCGUUAAAAAUCAAGUUAUGGAUAUUUUUAUACACUUUUAUGCUGUAAGAAAGGACUCUGUGUUGGGUAUUAUAACUAUAGUAAUAGGUGUUGCCGAAGUUAACGUUUUUUCCUGUUUUAAUGUGGUGUUGUGUGUAAGCCUUGGUCGAACUGAAGCAACUUUUUUGCAGCUUUAAACUUUAUUAAUAUUCUUAAACUAUAUUUAAUUUAAUUUAUUAAUAUAUUAUUUAUAUAAUAUAUGCUGUUUUAUGCACAUAAGAGUCAUAAACUGAUCAUACCAUAUCUUAAAUGCUUUCCAUGUACUUCCUUAAACUUAGUCUAGUAAUAAGCUCGUAUAACUUGCAACAUUUGCACUUCAAAGUGUUAAGAGUGUUCAAGCAUAUAAAUAAGAAAUAAAAUUCUUGAGUAUAAGUAAUCACCAAACCACUAAGAAGUCAAUAAACAUUCAU